CACACAACUGUAAACACGAUGCUGCUGUGGUCUGUUCAGUGAGCCUGCCAAAGCCCAGCAUCUCCAUGAGUCCUGCUGAUGAGGUUACCUGGGGUCAGGAUGUCAGCUUCACUUGUUCCAAUUCAGCUGAGCUCCAAAGUAUUCUGAAGAAAACUUCAAGCUCGUUCAAUAAGACUCAAAUGUCACAUUCCAACUCUGCUGCCUUCAGUAUCCCCACGGUGGACUUUGAUAAAGAGGGAUCGUACCAGUGUCAGUAUGAGAAAAUAAUUUCAGGUCAAACUUUCAGCUCCCACCUAAGUGACUCUGUCAAACUCUCUGUUACUGUGAGACUGCCACAGCCCAGCAUCUCCCUGACGUCUUCUAAUGGAGGGCUGGUCCUGAGUCCUGCAGAGGUCACCAGGGGUUACAGCUUUGUCAUCACCUGCUCCAUAAACUGCAGCUAUCCUGAUGGCCGUUUCUUUCUCAUCUUCUCUGGCUCCAACAUCAUCAGCACCAAGUCAGCAGUCAACCACUCAGCCUCCUUUGACUUCCCUGUAGCAGAGUAUGAACACCAGGGCAACUACAGCUGUGUGUACGAAGUCACACUGUCUGCACGGAGAUUCAAUUCCACUGAGACAACACCAAUUAUUGUCAUUGUUAAAGUGCCUUUGUUACCCCUGGUCUCCUCGGUAGCUUCUGGGAUCCUGCUGCUACUCCUGCUGAUCUUGUUGGUGAUUUGCCUGGUCCACAGGAGAAGACGACAAGCCAAGCAGCCUGUAGUCCUUGUGCUAAGUCAAUUGACUGACAGAGCUGGGAAUGACUAUGAAGAUGAGUAGGACGAGGACUAUGUGAAUGUUGAUUUAGUGGACACAAAGGAGAAACUCAAAGAGGAAGCAGGGAGAGUGGAAGAAGAGUACAUCGAUGAUUAUGAGGAGCCAGAGAGUGACGAGGGUCAUGACUAUGAGGAAGCAGGUCCCACACCAAGUUACGUAAUGGCUGGUGAGGUCCUUUUCACUGCAGAGGAGAGCAGGGAGGAUGAGGUAGAAGAUGAUGAUGAAGAAGAUGAAACCAGUGAUGAUGAAAAUGACUAUGAAAAUAUAACUGAAUCAAUUUGUGAGCAAACUGUGGAAAUUAAUGGACAAAAUGAGGAUAUUUAUCAAAACUUUUAAGUGUCUACUAGUCACAUAGUUUAGCUUGACAGAGGACAGUUUUUUGCCAAAUUAAAAGUACAAUUGCCAGUAAAAGUGCAGGGACAGGUAAAUGUGGAAUGAUGCUACAAAUAUUGUAGCUUGUUCUUACUCAAAGAUAAUAGGACUGCCAGUGUGUAUAUGUUUGUAGAUGCCCUGCCAGUUCUGUCAGACCUGCCCCUAUAAUGAGCUGGCCAAAGGAGGAGGUCAUUGUCAAGAUCUGGAAAACUCUUCACAGUGAAUGGGUUCCACCCCAAGUCCAGUACCCAGAGUCUGUGCACCAGCUAGAAAGAAGGUGGGUGAGGCCUGGUGACUGUCAAGGCCACUGUCCUGGAUGAAGGUCAGAGUAUCCAGGAGUACAUCUGCAAGAUGGAACCCAAAUACAAGCUGUUGAAAGAAUGUCCAAAGCAGCAGGCAGAGAAUGAAGAUCAAGCAGUGGAAGAGCCAUGACAAGACAAGACCUUGGGAUUUUCCAUCAAAAUAUAGCUGAGAUGUCUUACUUAGGGAUAUUUUACCAUAGCUGCACUCAGACUCAAACAGAUCCCAGUAUUACCAUCAGAACUCUAUCCAGUGUAGUGUAGUGCCAGGAAUACCUACUGUUAGAUACUGUGCAGAACACACAGGCCUCGGGUAAAGGGCUUCAGGCUGAGGAAGAGACAUAUCACCUGUAUGGCGAGAGGGGAAACAUUUUUCAUGAAGCUGUAGACCUCACAUUAAAUUGUGUGAUUAGUUUUGGGUACAGAACCAGACCAUUCCAGGCAUUUCUGAAGUAUUUCAGGUUUUAUUCCAUAAAUCUUGACGCAUGGGGUGUAAUACCAGAACUUUUCUUUUCCUGGAUUCCUUGCAUUAGGGCAAAUCAGUACAGGCCAUAUACUGCAUUUAAAUAUGGACAAUGCCUUGCCACUUCGCCACUAUGCAAAAGUAAAGCCGAAUUUUUGUGAAAACCACCGUUGCUAGUUUUGGCAUUUUGCAACCAGAUUCUGCGUAGUAGUGGCCGAGCAGUUGAGUAACUUAUCAGAUCACCAAACAAAGCUGUUAAACAAUCUGAUUUACACCCUUUUAUAUAAUCAAAUACAUUCUUAAAACAAACUUGGUAUAAAAAUGACCACUUGUACACAGCACAACAAUAUCUACCUAAAAUGACAGAAAUCACCUCUGGAAAAAAAAAUGUAUUUGAUUUGUACUUUGAAAUGUUAGUUUGGCUCAUGUCCCAUUUGCUACCAUGGAGGGAUCACGGUUUAGGACCUGUACUAUAUGGUAUACCUACACUUGUGGGAGCUGUCAGUUGUCCAUAUUUAUAUAACAUCUAUGGUAAAGGUCAAUACACAUUUCUGCCUCUGUUGAUAACUCUUAUUACUGCAGGGAUGGCCUUUUUGAGCUUAACUCAAACACAUUCAUAUUUUUGAUUCUUGACUAGUGCUACAUUAUGAUUCCUGCCUUCCAAGAGUUUGCAACACUGUUAAAUACUCCCUUUAAAGUUUUUUUGUUCUUGUUGCAUGACUCAAAGUAUACUACAGUGAGUCUGUUGGUUAGUCUAGCUUUAGGCAUCUUAACAACUUACCAUGAACAUUUUUAAUGACAUUCAUUAUCCCCAGAAAAAAAGUCCUAUAGUGCCACCAUGAGGUUGACAUUUGUAAUAACUUGUCUCAGCAGCUAUUGGAUAGAUUGCCAUGAAAUUUGGCACAAAUAUUCUUGGCCAGUCAGAGCAAAUUGUAAUAACUGGUAAUGGUAAUCCCUUUACUUUGAAUCAGAUUAAUCAAGCUGUAUAUACAGCAUGUGCAAAAAAAAAAAAGAAAUUAUUUAGAUGUUGUAGACAGCACAGAUUAUUGAGUCCUUAAACAUUUAUUCUUUUAUUGUUAUUUUGUUUGUCAUACAGAUUUAAAAAAAAAAACAUUAAGUCUAGCAAGUUUACUUGAAAAUCACUUCAUUUCACUUAAGACAUCUCCACUAUGGUUGAUCACAGUAUUUCCAUCAUAUAAGCAUCUCUUACUGGGUUCUCUACACCUAUAUUUAUCUUCUUAUCUUGUCAAAUCAAUAGUUAUAGGAACAUAUGUCAAGAGGACUUUUGGAAAAUAAACAUUUCAGUUUUUGCUUACACUGAUACCACUCUUAUUUCUGAAAGCUAAAUAUGAAGUUACUGCCAGCUGUUGGUUGACAAAAACAUAAUAAAUUACAACUAAAACAGUUUUUCAGAUCAUCAGAGUGCAGUUGUAAUGGAAGUAAAUGUUGUUUUAUAAAUGUAUUUGUUUGGAAAUAUCUUUGUU